AUGAUGGACACUACUACUGACGAGGAUGACGGUGACUGCGAUAUGAUGGAUGGUGACAGUGAUGAUGACGAUAUCGAUCCCGCUGUGCUAUAUGGUAGUGGGCCUGUCGAGUUGGGCAAGAACAGUAAUGAUCUCUAUGAGAUGUGCUUGGAUAAGCAACUACUGGACGCUUAUAACAACGCCGCUGCCAACCAUAGAGUUCCCCCUUCACUGGAUUCGCCCACUAAGGUGGAGAAGAAGUCUACUACUAAGGGUGUUAAAUUUAACACUGGUGGUGCUGUUCGUUUCUUCGACACCGAUGCGGAGCUCCAAGACCCGUGCUCAUGCGAAUUCCCUAUACAGGUGAAAGACUUCGACGGUCAGUCGUGUCAUCAUGCUAACUACAUUGGCAUGUCUCGAGCAGCUGCUGCAACAGCGGCAGCCCAACAGGAGCAGCAGCAAUAUAUGAGCACUCUUAGCGACUACAGUUCCGACGAGCUCAAGGGUGUAGCAUAUCAGAUGUCGAAGCCUCGAGGAGUCUGGCCUAGACAGUAGCUCCUGUGGGGACACUGUGUGGUAUUUGGCGGUAUUCGAACCUUGUCGAAUGCAUGUUACAGUUGAAGUUAUUGUUGUUCGAAAAUUGAAAAAAAAGGAGUCAAAGUUUGUUUAGCUGAAUUGGCGACAAUCCCUAAUCCUUGGUCGUCCAUUGUUUCGACCUAUAAUGAUAUUAUUUCGCUCUUUAGUAGCUGCUACCAUCUUUAGCACGCAUUCAGCGGCUGAGGCCGGUAUGUGUUGUCGUGAGGUAGCUAAUUAAAUUAGCACAUCAACAGUUCUGCAAAUGAGCGGUAGCAGCCCCCGCGCUUUGCCAGUCGCUUUGUCUCCUCAGUGAGGAAGAGAAAAGUCUGGUUAGAUACUGUCGUCAAUUUUUAGCGAGCCGACUAGUUCGGCGACCCGUAAACUAUGUGACUUUCAUUAUCCUAUUAUCGUCUAUAUUCUCCCUUAUGUUUACAGUCAUCAUUCCCAUUAUUUUGGUGGUCACUCGUCGUCCCUACACCCUAUCGCAGCUGGAGUAGUGGACAUCUCUCUGCCUCCUAUACGUUUACUACUACUAGUGAUGACUUGUGUAGCACUACUAGUGUAUCAUUGCUUCGAUAUGGUUAGUCAGUGGGGCUCGCGUUCGAUCGACGCUGCCUUCUCUACAUUGACGGAUGAUGGCAUCAGUGUAUGAAUAGCGUUUCUGCUUCCGAGCACCCUACCGGUGA